AUGGUUUCCAGGCAGUGCAUGGCUUUGUUUCUCUGCUUUCUGCUACUGAUUCCUCUUUCUCUGGAUGCAGUCUUUCUAAAGAAAGAAGAGGCAAGCAGCAUUUUGCAAAGGAAAAGACGAGCCAACAGCUUCUUCGAAGAGAUAAAACUGGGGUCACUGGAGCGAGAAUGCAUGGAAGAAAAGUGUUCCUUUGAGGAAGCGAGAGAGAUUUACCAUGACGACGAAAGGACGAAAGAGUUCUGGCACAUCUAUUCUGACCCUGACCAGUGUGAAUCCAACCCCUGCCAGAACGGCGGGAGCUGUGAUGACCAGUUUCAGGAUUACGUGUGUCGCUGUCCCAUCGAGUAUGAAGGGAAAAGCUGUGAAAUAGCCCCGGCUGACAGGCUGAGGUGCAGGUAUGACAACGGUGGCUGUGAGCAGUUCUGCACUGACCAGCAGUCUGACCGGCGCGUCUGCUUCUGUGCCGACGACUACGCUUUGGCCAGCGACGGCGUCUCCUGCCUUCCCCAAGUGAAAUACCCAUGUGGAAAAAUACCAGUGCUGGCAAAAAAAAAUGCAACUGCACAGGGAAGAAUAGUAGGUGGUUUAAUUUGCCCACCAGGUGAAUGUCCAUGGCAAGCCCUUUUAAUACAGAACCAGGUAGAAAAGUGUGGAGGUACCCUGCUUUCCCCAGAGUGGGUGGUCACUGCAGCUCACUGUUUGGAAUUCACUCAUCCUAAGCAGCUUCGGGUGAGACUGGGUGAGCACAAGAUAAAUGACGAUGAGAAAACUGAGCAAGAAAGUGGAGUUGCCAAGAUGAUCAUCCAUGAAGGAUACACGAUUGGACAGGUGAAUAACGAUAUUGCCCUCCUCAGGCUGGAAACACCUGUGAAUCUCACCGACUACGUGGUGCCAAUAUGCUUGCCUGAAAGACGGUUUGCAGUGCACGAGCUGUCCUCCAUCAAGUUCUCCACAGUGAGUGGAUGGGGACGUCUCCUAGACAGAGGUGCCACCUCUUAUGUGCUGAUGAGGGUUGAUUUGCCACGUGUAAAGACACAAGAAUGUGAAAAGGAGACCAAUCUAAAUAUUACAGAGAAUAUGUUCUGUGCAGGAGACCUGACCGGUGCUAAAGACUCCUGCAAGGGAGACAGUGGUGGACCUCAUGCUACAAAGUACAAGAACACCUGGUUUCUGACUGGGAUUGUCAGCUGGGGAAAGGGCUGUGCAGUCAAAGGCAGCUACGGGGUUUACACAAGGGUAUCCAAAUACAUCGACUGGUUGAAGAAGCACAUGGACUCAUUAUUCAUCAAGAAAGAAAAUGCCAACAAGUUCUUGGAAAGAACAAAACGUGCUAACUCUUUUUUGGAGGAAAUGAAACAAGGGAAUAUUGAAAGAGAAUGCAAUGAGGAGCGCUGCUCAAAAGAAGAAGCAAGAGAAGCCUUUGAAGACCAGGAGAAAACUGAGGAAUUCUGGAACGCCUAUGUAGAUGGGAACCAGUGCAGCUCAAAUCCUUGUCACUAUGGUGGACAUUGUAAAGAUGGAAUUGGUUCCUACACUUGCACAUGCUUGGAUGGUUAUCAAGGCAAGAACUGUGAAUUUGUCAUACCAAAGUACUGCAAAAUAAACAAUGGUGACUGUGAGCAGUUCUGCAGCUUCCAAAGAACUGCCCAGAAGGAUGUUGUGUGUUCCUGUGCAAAAGGGUAUGUUCUAGCAGAAGAUGGCAAACACUGUGCUUCAUCAGUAAAGUAUCCUUGUGGAAAAGUUUUUGUGAAAAGAAAAAAAAGGUCGAUUAUUUUACCCGCUGAUAAUAGCAAUGUAACUAGUGAUGAAGAUGGCCCUCCCACAAAUGCAACGGUUUUGGAGGAGGACAUUGUUCCUACCACAGAAAGCCCAACCUUCCAUCCUGGCAACGAAACAGGUAGCAAGACUCCGUAUGUCAUUACCAGGAUAGUAGGUGGUGAUGAGUGUCUUCUUGGCGAAUGUCCGUGGCAGGCUGUUCUGUUGAACGAGGAAGGGGAAGAGUUUUGUGGUGGAACUAUUUUGAAUGAAAAUUUUAUACUAACUGCAGCUCAUUGCAUGAACCAAUCUAAGGAAAUCACAGUUGUUGUUGGUGAAGUGGACAGAGAAAAGAAGGAACAGUCUGAAACGACGCAUAAUGUGGACAGAAUACUUGUUCACAAUAAAUACAUUGCUGAAACUUACGAUAAUGACAUAGCUUUAAUAAAGCUGAAGGAACCCAUCAAGUUUUCUGAGUAUGUUAUUGCAGCGUGCCUCCCAGAAGUAGACUUUGCUAAUGAAGUUCUGAUGAACCAAAGGUCUGGGAUGGUUAGUGGCUUCGGACGUGAAUUUGAAGGUGGCCGAUUAUCCAAAAAACUGAAAGUGCUUGAAGUCCCCUAUGUUGAUAGGAACACUUGCAAGCAAUCAACAAACUUUGCAAUAACAGAAAACAUGUUCUGUGCUGGUUAUGAAACAGAGCAAAAAGAUGCUUGUCAAGGAGACAGUGGAGGCCCCCAUGUAACCAGAUAUAAGGAUACUUACUUUGUUACUGGAAUUGUUAGCUGGGGAGAAGGAUGUGCAAGGAAAGGCAAAUAUGGUAUCUAUACCAAAAUGUCCAGGUACUUACGCUGGGUGAGAGGGGUCAUGAGAAAAAACUUGUAG